GGCCCUGCCCGGGCAGCGAGAGCCCCGGGGAUGCGGGGGGAUCCGCGCUCAGCCCCCGGCGGCGCCCCCGCCGCGCUGCCCUAGGCGAGAGCUGCAAAGCCGCGCGGGGAGCCGGAGGGGAUGCGGGAGCCGGGAGAAGGAGCUCGCUGCCCCUAGGCGGGAGCUGGGAGGUGCCACAGAGCCUGGGGUUGCUGCUGCAGUCUCCGGAGGGGAUGCUGGAGCCGGGAGAAGGACCUCGCUGACCUUAGGCGGGAGCUGGGGGGCUUCACAGAGCUUGCAAAGCGCUGCUGCAAUCUCCAGAGGUGAUGCUGGAGCUGGGAGAAGGACUUCACUGAGCCUCUGGCAGUGCCUCCACCUCGCUGCUCUCAGGCAGGAGCUGGAAGGUGUCACAGGGCUUGCAAGUGCUGCUGCGGUCUCCAAAGGUGAUGCUCGAAGAGCUGGGAGAAGAACCACGCUGAGCCUCUGGAAGUACCCUCACCUCACUGCCCUCAGGCAGGAGCUGGAAGGCUUCACAGGGCUUGCAAUUGCUGCUGCAGUCUCCAGAGGUGAUGCUGGAGCUAGGAGAAGGACCACACUGAGCCUCUAGAAGUGCUCCCACCUCACUGCCCUCUGGCAGCAGCUGGAAGGUGUCACAGGGCCUGUAGUUGCUGCUGCAAUCUCCAAAGGUGAUGCUGGAGCUCGGAGAAGGAUCUCACUGCCCUUAGACAGGAGCUGGAAGGUGUCACAGACCCUGUCAUUGCUGUUGCAGUCUCCAAAGAUGAUGCUGGAGCUGGGAGAAGGACCUCACUGAACCCCCUGGCAGUGCCCCCGCCGUCACUGUUCUUAGGCAGGAGCUGAAGGCUUCACAGAGCUUGCAAUCGCUCCUGCAAUCUCCAGAGGUGAUGGUGGAGCCAGGAGAAGGACCUCACUGAGUCCCUGGCAGUGCCCCCGCAGUCACUGCUCUUAGGCAGGAGCUGGAAGGUGUCACAGAGCCUGUAGUUGCUGCUGCAAUCUCCAGAGGUGAUGCUGGCACUGAGAGAAGGACCUCACUGCUCUUAGGCAGGAGCUGGAAGGCAUCACAGAGCUUGUAAUUGCUGUUGCAACCUCCAAAGAUGAUGAUGGACCUCAGAGAAGGACCACGCUGAGCCCCUGUCAGGUGCAUCUGCAUCUUAAGCAGGAGCUGGAAGGCUUCACCAAUCUUGUAAUUGCUGUUGCAGUCUCCAAAGAUGGUGCUGGAGGUGGCAGAAGGACCACGCUGAGCUCCUGGCAGGUGACCCCGACCUCACGGCCCUUGGACAGGAGCUGGAAGGCUUCACAGAGCUUGCGAUUUGUUGUUGCUGUCUUAGUCUCCAAAGAUGAUGCUGGCAGAGCAAACCCAGAAGUGGUUCCCAACUCAUGUACAAGUGACAGUCCUUCAAGCUAAAGGUCUGAAGCCGAAAGGUAAAAAUGGCAGCAAUGAUGCCUACACCAUCAUCCAGCUGGGCAAGGAGAAGUACUCCACCUCUGUGGCUGAGAAGACCCUGGAUCCAGUCUGGAAGGAGGAGGCCUCCUUUGAGCUCCCUGGAUUACUCAUGCAGGAGAAUCCAGAAAAAUACAUCCUGUACCUGAUUGUCAUGCACAGGUCGCUGGUGGGGCUGGACAAGUUUCUGGGACAGGUGGCGAUAAGCCUGAAUGAUAUAUUUGAGGACAAGGAAAGGAGGAAAACAGAGUGGUUUCACCUGGAGUCCAGACAAGGGAAAAGAACUAAAGACAGAGGACAAAUAAAGGUCAAUAUUCAGUUUAUGAGGAAUAAUAUGACAGCAAGUAUGUUUGAUUUGUCAAUGAAGGAUAAAACGAAAUCCCCUUUCGCUAAACUAAAAGACAAAAUGAAGGGUCGAAAACCCGACGGGACAUUUUCGGAUACAUCCUCUGCCAUCAUCCCAAGUACUCACACACCUGAUGCGAAUGUAGAGGUGUGUAGUGGCGAUAUACAAGUGAAAUCAAAACCAAAAAAACCUUUCCUUUUGGGACCUCAGCGCCUAUCCUCAGCUCAUUCGAUGUCAGAUUUAACAGGACCCCAUGUCUCCUCAGAGAAAAUGAAAUCCAGCACACUCGGCUACCCUCAUCUUUUCCGGCGUCAGCUAGAAUCGUUUGGUUCAGUUGAUGAAGGUGGGAGUCUAAAAUCUCCACAUAGAAGGACAUUAAGUGUUGACACUUCUAAACUGACCCAGCUUGACAGCACAGUUGAUGAAACUGGACUCGAAGCACAAAAUGACCCGUUUACUAAUGUGAGUGCUUCAUUACCCCAAAAAUUCGCUACACUGCCAAGACAGAAGAAUCCAUUUGAAGAAAGCCCACCAACAUGGGACCAGAACAUAAGUUUGUUUUCCAAACCAGUCGAAAUCCGAAAAGAAAUGAAGAAAGAGAAAAAAGAGAAAGUUAGUCUUUUUGAAAGAGUGACUGGAAAAAAAGAUGGCAGGCGGUCAGAUAAACUUAGCAAUGGGGGCUCAGAUGCUUCUGCUGACUUGAAAUCGCCCGGUGCGUUUGGUGAAACUCCUCAGGAGAGCUUCGAUUACGAUUCAACUAAUCCAUUUGUGACAAACUUCAAGCCUAUGAAUGUGUUGCCAUCUUCAAGUUUUAAUAUGAAUCCUCCUGGCAUCGAGGAACUCAGGAAAACAACGGAUGGAAAUCCUUUUGAUGCCACGGCAGGAUACCGUAGCCUGACUUAUGAAGAGGUUUUGCAGGAGCUGGUGAAACACAAAGAGCAACUGAAGAAGAAGGACACUCAUAUUCGUGAACUUGAGGAUUACAUUGAUAAUCUUCUUGUCCGAGUAAUGGAAGAAACACCUAGUAUUCUCAGAGUGCCAUACGAACCUUCUCGCAAAGCCGGCAAGUUCUCCAAAAGUUAAGACAUUGACACUUGAUGGUAUUUUCUGCUGAAGACAUUCAUGGAAGGAAAUCACACUUUCACGUUUUGACUUCUCUUCAUUCCUUUUCUCCUAAGAAAUUCCAGGAAUUGGAGAGGAUGGGACUAUAGCGUGGGGGAUUUUUUUGUUUGUUUUUUUACUUCAAACACUAGCAGGGACUGCUGAAAGUAAUAUCCUGUUAGAUUACCUAAAUAGCUUUGUUUCUUUGAAAACACCUUUAUGGCCAGCAUACUUGCGGUAGAGUAGAUAUGCACAUUUAAUAUGUCCAUGCAGUUCAUAUAAUAGCUUAGUGUUCACCACGUGGCGGUUUCAGCUGGACAGCCUGUGCUGUUAACGAAUGUUUUCUUGAAUGAUUAUUGAUAUUAUGCAAAUAUUCUGAUAUUACAGCAUGCCAUCGAGACCACUGUUUUCAAGCCAGUGCGGUACGCUUUGCUAAACCCAAGUGUGGUUUGUUGCAAGGGAAUGUAGUUUGUUCUACACAUAUUAGAGGGAAACAGUGGUGCACAAUCUUUGCAGAUUAAAUGCUGUAUUAUAUAAAAUGUGCUUUUUGUAUAACAGUGUAAAAAAAACCAAACCCUGCCAUUUCAGUAAUGCCACAUGCUGGGAUCAGUUAUUUUACACUUAAAUGAUGAAUUUUGUGUAUAAUGAUUGAACUUUGAUAGUGAGCUCAUGACAUAAGGUUGUUUUGAGGAUCUUUUUGUAUGAAGUUAUUGCAUGCCAUUUUCUAUGUUAAAGUAAUUUGAUCAGUGUUAAUAGAGUUGGAAAUGGGACUGGAGGAAAAUAUGGGAUAAAGAUAUGAAUACUCUGUUCAGUUGAAGUCUACUAAGGUAAAAAUGUAGGAGAAAUGAACAGACUGACUUAAGUAGACAUGAUGAUUCAAAAAAUACAGCACUGACUCAAUUUAAGGUUGAGUUCUACAUGACACAUUCAUUUUUUUAAAUCUUAUAACAACACAAUAUAUGCCUUUAGGAACAGGCUUUGUUGCUUAAACACCUACAGAGUACUUAGAAAGGCUUUUCACUGAAAAGAAAAAAGCCUAUAUUCCUUGAAAGUACUUCUAAAAGUCAGUUUUCAUUCAGGCAAAUGAAAGGAGAAGGUGUUAAAUGUCUUCCUGAUCAUUUGAACAAUGACUUGUAAAUGUAAAAUGACAUAUGGAAAAGGUAUCAAUUAUUUAAUAAAUUGGCAAAAUAUAGUGGUGAAUGUAUAAUGAGAAAAUAUUUUAGGAAAAUCCUCAUGUUAUUGACAUAAAUAGAUUUUAAUUUUUAUUUAUAAGAGUCUUGGUUGCAUUGUCUGUUGCUGUGAAACAGUAAGGUGGCAUAAAAAAAAAACGUACAGAGAGUACUUCAGAUUUGCAUUUUAGAAAACUCACUGUCUCCUCCUCCUCUUCUUUUUCUACACCUGAUCUGCUUUUCUUUUCUUACCAAACCAUAUCAUGGCUGUUCCUGAGGAGGUGAAAAAGCUUGAAAUUAAAUUCCCAUUUUUUAUUGUUGCUGUAAAAGAUACAAAUACAUUUUUGUUUUUUAAACCUAGUAAUAUCUUGAAUAAUGAUGGUCUGGAAAAGCUGAAAAAGUUCUACUGUUUCAAUGCUUUUGACAAUGUUGUUAUUAUGUGACUGUACGGAGUUGUUCUUGUUAGGAAAAGUAUUUCUUUGUACAGUUGUUUUCAGGUUUAGUUUACUACCUUUUUGCCCUUCCUUCCUUCCUUCCUUCCUUCCUUCCUUCCUUCCUUCCUUCCUUCCUUCCUUCCUUCCUUCCUUCCUUCC